UGGGAGAAAGGCAGUAAAUACAUAGGAGGUGGGUGCUUCUGCAAUUGGUCGGGAGGGGGCUGGAAAUACCCAGGGUGGAGAAAGGGAGGGAUACAGAAUGUGACAAACCUGGUGGGAUUUGUUUACGGUGGGGCCUAAAUUCUAGCAACAGACCCAUGGGGUUUGUGGGUGGAAAUUCCCUAGUUUGUCAGCCCCCCCUGGACUGGGCUGGGGAAAUGUACCAGUCUCCAAUACUGGAGUCUGAACCUACUAGCCAGAGGGCAACCACCAGUGAGGCCUGGGAAAGACACCCCAUCCCAUCCAAGUGCUGGCACUGGGGAGUGUGUUGGGAUUGCUGCCAGGGGGCUGUCCCUGGAUCCUACUGGGGGCUCCGUCUCCUGUAUCAACUUCUGGCUGAUAGGUGAGUGUUGAAUGUGAAGACCCCUGGCAUCGCUGUCUGCUAGAUGGGGCGAGGGACUCUCUCUCUUUCUCCCCCCACCCUGAUGCCUCCUGGCUGCUCUGAUGGGAAGGGGGUGGGAUCCUGCCUGCCUCCCAGAGCUUCCAUGUGAUUGGCCAUCCUCCCCUGUGAACAGUGGGGUUGUCACUGGGGAACAGAGGCAGAUUGGGAGGCUCUUGCUUUUUCAGGGGCUGGUGACUUUUGAGGAGGUGGCUGUGUAUUUCACCAGUGAAGAGUGGGCUCUGCUGGACCCUGCUCAGAGAGCCCUCUACAGAGACGUCAUGCAGGAGAACUGUGAGAAUGUGACUUCACUGGGGUUUCCAGUUUCCAAACUCGAUGUCAUCUCCCAGCUGGAACGAGGGGAAGAGCCGUGGGCCCCAGAUCUCCAGGGCUCAGAGGAAGGAGAGAUCCUGAGAGGCAGUUGCAUGGCAGGUGAGGGUAUGGUGAGAGAGACCAUGGAGCAGAAGCCUCAGCAGGAAGAGGAGCAAGUGAAAGCACAUGGGGUGUUGUUGCAAAGAUGCAAAGGGAGUGUGUCCAGGAGUUGUGAGCAGGGAAAAGGCUCUCAGGGGCAGCACAGGCCAGAAAAGCGGCGGGGAAACCAGCCAGUGCAGAAAGUUGGAAUAUCUGUUAAUUACCGGGGAACUCACAAAGGCCUCAAGGAAGCCAUGGCCCACCAGAGAAUCCUGACGGGAGAGAGAAAUAACACGGGCUUUGAGUGUGGGAAAAAGUUCAGGAGGCGCUCACGUCAUCAGAGAAUCCAUGCCGGAGUGAGACCCCAUGAGUGCUGCGAGUGUGCGAAAACCUUCACUGAGCACUCACGCCUUUUAAGCCAUCAGAGGAGCCACACAGGCGAGAAACCCUAUAAAUGCUGUGAGUGUGGGAGAACCUUUGCUCGGAGCUCAACCCUUAUUACACAUCAGAAGAGCCACACAGGAGAGAAACCCUACGAAUGCCGUGAGUGCGGGAAAACCUUCGCUCAGAGCUCACAUCUUAUUCGCCAUCAGAGGAGCCACACAGGGGAGAAACCCUAUAAAUGCCGUGAGUGCGGGAGAACCUUUGCUCGGAGCUCAACUCUUAUUACACAUCAGAGGAGCCACACAGGAGAGAAACCCUACGAAUGCCGUGAGUGCGGGAAAACCUUUGGUCAGCUCUCAGGCCUUAUUACACAUGAGAGAAUCCACACAGGGGAGAAACCCUAUAAAUGCCAUGAGUGCGGGAAAACCUUUGUUCACUCCUCACACCUUGUUACACAUCAGAGAAUCCACACAGGGGAGAAACCCUACGAAUGCUGUGAGUGCGGGAAAACCUUCGCUCGGACCUCACACCUUAUUGCACAUCAGAGGAGGCAUACAGGAGAGAAACCCUACGAAUGCCGAGAGUGCGGGAAAACCUUUGCUCAGCUCUCAGGCCUUAUUACACAUGAGAGAAUCCACACAGGAGAGAAACCCUAUAAAUGCUGUGAGUGUGGGAAAACCUUUGCUCAGAGCUCACACCUUAUUGUACAUCAGAAGAGCCACACUGGAGAGAAAUCUUAUGAAUGCCGUGAGUGUGGAAAAACCUUUGCUCGGAGCUCAAACCUUAUUACACAUCAGAGGAACCACACGGGAGAGAAAAUCCUGUAAAUGCUGUGUGUGUGGGAAAUUCUUCCAUCACAACUCUUCUCUUAUUUAUCACCAGAGAAACUGCAAGGGAGAUAAACACCAUGAAAAUCUUGUCUGGGUCUCAGAAAAGGUUUUUUUUUCCUUUUGCUAAUUCCCAAGUAGUGAACUUUAAGGCAGCAUUUAUGGUGUCUCUGCUCCUUCACGUGAGUUGCCGGCUUUUCCCUUUUGCAGCUCACCCUUCCUUGGAGUGAAGCCUACAGUGUUUUUCAUCAGCUCCUUUGUUCUGCGUCAUGGAAGUGUGCGUCCCUCCAGGAAUGUCCGUCAGCCCCAGGUGGGGGAACCAGGAGUGACCUUUACUAGGUACAUGGAGGUUAAAUCUACCUGGGCCUUGACCCAACUAGGGUUUUCCAUGGAGUUAGCUAGACUGAAUUAGGGAUCCUGAUAUAAAAACACAGCUGUUUUUUUUCAGUGAAGAAAAUAGCCCAUAUAGCGGCCAGGAAAAUGUAGCAAAUUUCCUCACCACUGGACACAGCCUCCAUCACUUUUCCUAGUCUAACCAAAUUUGGAGCAUCACGUUUAUACUUUUCCUCCCAGUGAUUGUUAGUCACUAGGACAGAUUGCCUCAUUCCCAGUUGUUCCCACGUUGCACUGGGUUCUGCUGAAAAGCGGUUGGGUUUAGUACCAUUUUUCUCAAUGUAAAUAUAACAGAGGAGGAGCAGGGACAGAGGGUGUGACAAAGUGGGGAUUUUCCCUUGUUAUGUUGUAUGUGAGUCUUA